AGAUCACAACACAUACUGACUGUGCCCUGUGCCACUCGCUUUCUCUCUCUUCCUAUACACACACCAUUUGUCACGCGCACACCAUUAUACAAUCGAUUUCUUGUACGUAUUCGCCGGCGCAAGCGCAAAUCGGAAGCAAUCAUCCGUCACAUCGCUGCCCCGAAUUUGGAGGGUUCCGAUUAAUUUAACGGCUAAAACCUUUGGUGUCUGUGUCUUUGUCUGUGGGUGGCUUGCUGCGAUUACAUGGGGAGUUACGGUAAUGGGGAUUUGGAGCCGCAGAAGCUGACGUCACCCCUUUCGUACAAGGCUAAGAGGCGGCCUUCCGCGGCGGCCAUAUCCCGUACCGGCUCGGAAAUGGAUGACAUCAUCACGCUGAUGCAUGGGUCCGAUCCCGUACGCGUCGAGCUGACUCGACUCGAGAACGAGGUUCGAGAGAAGGAUAGAGAACUGGGAGGGGCACAUGCAGAAAUAAAAGCAUUGAAGUACUCAGAACGCCUGAAACAGAAGGCCGUUGAAGAGCUUACUGAUGAGUUGAAGAAAGUAGACGAGAAGUUGAAAGCGACAGAAUCUCAACUUGAAAGCAAGAAUCUUGAAAUUAAGAAAAUACAUGAGGAGAAAAAGGCAGCCUUGGCUGCACAAUUUGCUGCUGAGGCCACACUUAGAAGGGUGCAUAGUGCCCAGAAAGAUGACGAGAUGCCCCCAAUCGAGGCCAUCAUCACGCCUCUGGAGGCCGAGCUGAAACUAACGCGGACUGAGGUGGCAAAGCUACAGGAGGAUAAUAAAGCACUCGAUCGGCUCACUAAAUCGAAAGAGGCCGCUCUCUUGGAAGCCGAACGCACGGUUCAGAUGGCUCUAGCAAAAGCAUCAAUGAUUGAUGAUUUGCAGAACAAAAACCAAGAGCUGGGAAAACAGAUCGAGAUAUGCCAGGAGGAGAAUAAAAUAUUGGACAAAAUGCAUAGACAAAAGGUUUCGGAAGUUGAGAAGCUAGCGCAAACAGUUAGGGAGCUCGAGGAGGCUGUUUUGGCUGGAGGUGCUGCAGCAAACGCUGUUCGUGAAUACCAAAGAAAAGUUCAAGAAAUAAAUGAAGAGAAAAGAAUUCUAGACCGUGAGUUGGCUCGUGCUAAGAUAUCGGCAAAUCGUGUGGCUGUCGUCGUGGCAAAUGAUUGGAAAGAUGCCAGCGACAAAGUUAUGCCAGUAAAGCAGUGGCUUGAGGAAAGGAAAUUCUAUCAGGGAGAAAUGCAACAACUGAAGGAUAAGCUGGCAAUUGCAGAGCGUGCAGCCAAGGCGGAAGCACAAAUGAAGGAAAAAUUCCAAUUACGCUUUAAAGUUUUGGAGGAAAGGGUCAAAGGGUAUCCCAAUGGCACUAACCGUGCUUCGUCACAAGGAAGAAGCAUGAGUAACGGGAGAUCACGUAGACAGUCACAAGGAGGAUCGGGAAAUUUCUCCACACCACCUUCAAAUGGAUUUCUGUCCAUGAAAACGAUAAUUUCAGGGUCACCCCGGAUAAGUAGUCCAAAUCACGUGAAAAAAUUUCCGACCUCAUUCAACGGUGAUAGGGCACUGACUAAUGGCGAAAAGGUAGCUCCAGAGAGAGAAAAUAAUGAUAGGGAGCCUUCUCAUGGGAAGGAGAGCCAAAAUGGUAAUGGAGUAACUAAGCCAUUUGCAAAUGGGAACGGGUGUGUUUUGACUGAUAAGUUGAAAACUGAAAAUGAAGACUGUGUUUCGGGCUUGUUGUACGACAUGCUGCAGAAAGAUGUCAUAUUACUGCGUAAAGCAUGCCAUGAGAAAGAUCAAAGCUUGAAGGACAAAGAUGACGCUAUUGAGAUGUUGUCGAAAAAGGUUGAUAUGUUGAGUAAAGCAAUGGAAGUUGAGGCCAAGAAGAUGCGGCGAGAAGUAGCCAACAUGGAGAAAGAACUUAGUGCCGCGCGCAAUGGUAAAGAGCAAGACCAAAGAACCCGUCGUUCUAGUGCUUCUAGAGGGGCUGUUAUAAGGAAUGGGAAGUACCCUUGAGUUGUGACUGGGAUACGAGUAAUGUGACAUGAAAACGUCAAAGAUGGUUUUACAGGCGUGCAUAUUUUUUGGAAGAAUAGAGUAUUGUAACUUGUAAAGAACUAUAUAGAUCACACAUUUGGUAUCCAUCUUGUUGUAUAUCUGUAAGCACUGUAAAGUGAUUAUGAUUUAUAUAAUGGUAAUUGGAACUUGACCUACUCGAGCAAGGUAUUUGGGAGUUGGGAUCCUAUAGAUUUUUUGUUAUGUUACUGACUGUGAUUGUUUUAUAAUGCAUCAUGUGGAGCAUGUGUUAAAAUAUGGAUUUUGUU